GCCUCACGAGAUCUGAUCCGUCUCUAUUUUUUUCCUCCUGUUUUAAUUGUCCUCUGUUGUAGUACUGUUCUUGCAGCGCUCACUCUUUCAUAUGCCAACAAACCUUCCCUGGAGGCGGACUUUCAAAAGCGUUUUCAGCUUCUCAUUCUGAAAACGCUUUCUCUCGUAGACUCCGUCGCCUCCGAUUCGGAUCUCCGACAUGCAAACGGCGGCGUUCACUCUCUCCUCUCCCUCACUCCCUAUCCUCAAGCCACGGCGACUCACGCCGUCGCCGAACCCUAGGUUCGAUCCUAUACGCGUUUCCGCUUCAAAGCGAAACGAUCUUUCUAUCUCUGGAAAUGUUGUUUCGUCUCCUUCGUGGCCUAAGCGAUCCUGGUCGGGUUGCUCCUCUGCUUCGCCACUCAGGCCGUGGACUUCGAUUCCUUUGCCUGCUUCUGAAUCGAAACCAGAGCGUUUUGAGGUGAGAGCCACAGCUGCUGAGAGCGCCAAUGAAGGUGAGAAUUCGAAUAGCUUGUUGAAGACUUUGGAGCUUGGAUCGCUGUUUGCGUUGUGGUACUUGUUUAAUAUCUACUUCAACAUUUACAACAAACAGGUUCUAAAGGUCUUUCCACACCCGGUAACUGUAACUGUUGUUCAGUUUACUGUUGGAACUGUGCUUGUGAUUCUAAUGUGGACUUUCAACAUCUAUAAAAGGCCGAAAAUUAGUGGUGCACAGCUUGCUGCAAUUGUGCCACUUGCAGCGGUUCAUACAUUGGGAAACCUUUUCACUAACAUGAGUCUUGGAAAAGUGGCUGUUUCAUUUACUCACACAAUUAAAGCCAUGGAGCCUUUCUUUUCGGUCCUCCUUUCUGCCAUGUUUCUUGGAGAGAUGCCUACAAUCUGGGUCAUUGCUUCCCUUCUACCAAUUGUUGGUGGAGUGGCACUAGCAUCUGUCACUGAGGCCUCUUUCAAUUGGGCUGGUUUUUGGAGUGCAAUGGCUUCCAAUUUAACAUUCCAAUCUCGCAAUGUCCUUAGCAAAAAGGUCAUGGUUAAAAAAGAGGAAUCUUUGGACAACAUUAAUCUCUUCUCAAUAAUAACAGUCCUGUCCUUCAUCUUUUUAGCCCCUGUGGCUCUCUUUAAGGACGGCGUCAAGUUUACUCCUGCAUACCUGCAGUCUGCUAGCCUGAAUGUUAAACAGCUGUACACAAGGUCUCUUCUUGCAGCUCUCUGCUUCCAUGCCUAUCAGCAGGUUUCUUAUAUGAUAUUACAAAGGGUGUCCCCUGUCACCCACUCUGUGGGCAAUUGCGUGAAGCGUGUGGUUGUCAUCAUCAGCUCUGUUCUCUUCUUCCGAACUCCUGUGUCACCAAUUAACUCCCUUGGCACUGGAAUUGCUCUCGCUGGAGUUUUCCUGUAUUCAAGGGUGAAGCGCAUUAAGCCAAAGACAGCUUAGAAAAGUUUUGCUUUGCCCAUGAUGGGGGAUGGUUAGAUAAGCUCCAUAUCUCGGAUUAGGCCAGGAACUGAAUUUGUUCUUUUGGGUUUUACUUGUGAAUUUUGUUCCACUUCUUUGGAUGAUUUUAUUCUUUUUGUGGACCUGUCCAUAAUUCAUAGGUAGCCAAUAUGCUGCUGAAGUGCUGGAAACCAUUUUCUCUCUGCUGUUGUUUCGAUCAUGUUCCUAGUUUGUUUACUGUUCGGAAAGGAUCAAUGUCACAGGCUUCCUACCAUAAUCCUUGGGAUAAAAUUUUCUUAACCGU